AUGGUGGGUGAGAAAGUGAUUGUUGAUGAAGUCGACACAAGAGACGCGUAUAGAGCGGCGUACGUGAUCCAUUUCUUGUUGGGUGCUGGUAGUUUAAUACCAUGGAACGCUUUGAUCACUGCCGUUGAUUACUUUGGCUACUUGUAUCCCGACAAGCAUGUGGAGAAGACGUUCACCGUGGCUUACAUGAGUUGCUCGGUCCUUGUUCUGGUUUUGAUGAUGACUUGGAACACAAGGUUGAGCCAUAGACUGAGGUUGAACUUGGGUUUUUCCAUGUUCAUCAUCUCCAUGAUGGUUUCGCCAAUCAUAGAUUGGGUUUGGAAAGGUGAAAAGAAUGAGAAUAUCUCUUAUAUGUUGAUGGUUGGAUCAGUCGUGCUCUGUGGUUUAGCUGAUGGACUGGUCGGAGGAAGUUUGAUCGGUUCAGCCGGAAAGCUUCCUAGACAGUACAUGCAAGCAAUUUUUGCCGGGACUGCCUCUUCAGGUAUUAUAGUUUCGGUCCUUAGGAUUACGACUAAAGCUUCGCUGCCACAGACACCACAGGGGAUGCGAACCAGUGCUCAUUGCUACUUCAUAGUGAGCUCCACCAUCCUACUAUGCUGCCUCCUUUGCUGUAACGUGCUAUACAAGUUACCAGUGAUGCAACACCACCUUAGUCUUCAUCAACCUUUGUAUUCAAAUCUAACAGUAUGGAUGGUUGGGAGGAAGAUCAAGUGGCCAGCCUCGGGUGUUCUGAUAAUCUAUACUGUUACCUUAUCGAUAUUUCCAGGAUUUCUAGCAGAGAAUCUGAAGUCCCAACUUCUCCAGAGUUGGUAUCCUAUUUUGCUCAUCACAGUCUACAACAUCUCUGAUUUCGUUGGCAAGUCACUCACCGCCCUCUAUCUAUGGCAGAAUAUUAAAUCUGCUACUUGGGCUUGUAUCCUUAGGCUUCUCUUUUACCCUCUCUUCUCUGCGUGUCUACGUGGACCGCAUUGGCUUAGAACAGAAGUGCCAGUGGUUGUUCUCACGUUCAUGCUAGGCCUCACCAACGGCUAUCUCACUAGUGUCCUCAUGAUCAUGGCUCCCAAAACGGUCCACGCAUCAGAAGCAGAACUUGCGGCAGUCUUCAUGAUUGUUUUUCUAGGAAUAGGUCUUGUUUGUGGCUCAGUUCUUGGCUGGGUCUGGCUCAUCUGAACUUCUAAUUCUGUGCAUCCAUAUGUUCAUUAUAAAACUAUAAAUGAAUGUGUUUCUGCAACUAUAUAUACUAUAAUUUUCAAAAUA